AUGGUUUUGAUGGAUAAAAUUAAAGAUUCAGGGAGGAGUGAACGCAGCGUGACAGAAGCAAUUGUUACUUUUAGACGAUCAAGAAUCCCUACCCAGAUCGAAAACUGCAACCAAUACCUAGAGCCUGAAACUUACUGUGUGUGGGCGCCAAAGAAGGAGGAGGGGUCUCCAGGGAGCUGCAAGAAAAGCAGCUCUACAGGUUCUAAUUCAAAGAGAUGGAAGUUCAAAGAUUUUAUUCACCGGAGUAAUAGUGAUGGUAAGGAUACUUUUGUGUUCUUAAUGCCUAAUAACAAGAAGAGUGGCCUCCAUCAUCAGAGAUUAGGCAACGAUGACCAAGAUGGGAACCAUAAUAAACAGGGCACAGAGAAAAGAAAAGAUGCGAAAGGAGCUGGAGGAGGUUUGUUUCAAUUUCAAGAACAUUAUUACAUGAGGAGUAAAGAUGGUGAUAAACGCCGCUCCUAUUUGCCUUACAGGCCGGAUUUGGUGGGGUUUCUGUCUAAUGUUAAUGGGGUGGGAAGGAAUCUUCAUCCAUUUUGA